AUGUCUGGAUUCCAGGGUUACGAGUUAUGCAGCUUCAUUUCAAAGAAUCCCUCCAUUUUGACUCAUAGCUUGAAGAAAACAUUGGUCCCCUCAGUUGAAGCUAUUAGGAAAAUUGUCUACGACCAGAAAGAUUUUAUUCUUGUUUUGCACAGAUGUGGCUGGAUACUCCCAAAGUACAAAAGAAUUAUGGAGAAUGUCGUCUUCUUGGAGAGUUGUGGCAUUCUUGGGACUCAUCUUUCAUUGCUACUCAAACUUCAUCCAAGGCUUUUCGUUGCACAGCGGUCUACUAUUGAAAACAAUGUUUCUCGAGCUGUAGACUUGGGUUUCCGUGAAAAUUCAAGAAUGCUUGUCCAUGCAAUUCAUACAUUAAGUUGUUUGAGCGAUAAAACAUUUGAGAGAAAGUUGAAACUAAUUAAUUGUUUUGGUUUUUCGAAGGAUGAGGGCCUGCAAAUGUUCAAGAGAACCCCGACUUUGUUUAGAACAUCAGAGAAGAAGUUGAAAGUUGGAAUGAAAUUCUUCUUGCAUACAGUUAUGCUGCCCAAGUCAGUCCUUAUUCACCAGCCUAAGAUUUUAAUGUACAGCAUGGAGGAUCGCGUGCUUCCUCGAUAUAAAGUCUUCCAACUGUUGAAAUCAAAAAAUCUCUGCAAGAAAGUCCCCAGUUAUAUUCAUGUGUUGUGCUUGUCUGAGGAGAUGUUCUUGGACAAGUAUAUAUCACAGUUCAGAGAAAAUGCAGAGGAGUUAUUAGUAGCAUACAAGGGUCAUUAUCUGGAGGCAUAA